CUAUGCAUAUGUUUGAUAUGGUUGUGUACUUUAUAUUUCAGAACACGUGUUUCAAUCAGUUUCAAUGUUUUCUUGAUUAAUAACAAAACUGAAGGUGCCCACAAGACUAAAGUUGUGUACAGUAUUGUUAAAUUCUGAAAAUAAAUCAUGGGAAAGAAAGAUAAGAAUAAGAAAAAAGUUAGUGGUACUGUUAAAACUGCUAUGAAAACUGAAAAAAAGCUUAAUGCCAAACAGAAAAAAGAGUUAGCCGCACUGGGUGAGGAUGACAUCGAAAAAGUUGUCGCACAAAUCGAAAAAGAGGAAGCUAGGAGACAGCGUGUUGUUGAAACCAUUGUAGAACAGCCGACACGUCGUGUUAAUUUUACUUUAACCGCUCAUCCUUUUAAAGAUGAACUUAUUAUGCUUGGUGGUGAAUUUUACGACGGUCAGAAGACUGUCGUUUACGGAGACAUGUUUUUCUAUAAUUUGAAGAAAAAAGAGUGGAGUUUAAUAAAAGCACCUGGUGCACCACCACCUAGGUGUGGACAUCAAGCUGUAGCUGUGCCAACAAACAACGGUGAACUCUGGGUUUUUGGUGGAGAGUUUUCUAGUCCCUCUGAAUCGCAAUUUUAUCAUUAUCGGGAUCUUUGGGUUUAUCGUAUUGGAGAAAAAAAAUGGGAAAAAAUUACAUCCCCUGGUGGACCAUCUGCUAGAAGUGGUCACAGAAUGGUUCAUGUAAAAAAGCAAUUGAUUGUUUUUGGUGGCUUUCAUGAUAAUCUCAGAGACUAUAAAUAUUAUAAUGAUGUUCAUAUAUUUAAUUUAACUACAUACAAGUGGAACAAACUUGAUAUUUCAGGAAACUUACCUGCACCCCGUUCGGGUUGUAUUGUUUUUCCAACAACAGAUAACAAAAUAUUAAUUUAUGGUGGUUACAGCAAAGAAAGAAUUAAGAAAGAUGUAGAUAAGGGUCAAGUUCAUAAGGAUAUGUUUACUAUCAGUCCAGAAAAAAAUGACCAGACAGGUCUGAAGUGGAAAUCGGUUAUGGUUAAACAAGGUGGAAUCGGAGUUUCACCGCGCUGUAGUGCUUCUGGUAUACUCGUGCAACCAAAUCAGGCAUACAUGUUUGGAGGAGUUUUCGAUGAAGAGGAAAAUGAAGAGGAACUUCAUGGAACAUUUUUCAAUGAUCUGAUCUCUCUGGACCUAGAGAAAUUCCAAUGGCACACAGUUACGUUAAGUGGGAAAAAGGAAUCAAGUGUACGAAGAAGAAGAAGGAAAAUAAAGGAAGAUGGUGAUAGUAAUGGUGAAAGUGAAGAUGAUGAAAAUGAUGAAACAUCAGCUCCAAUGGAUGUUACACCUGUACCAACUGUCAUUACGGACGACGAUGGAAUUUUUACGGUAACUGUUGGUCCUUCAUUAAAAACAAGUACAAGUACAGGACAAGCAGAAACAGCCAGUGCAGUAUUCUAUCCUUCUCCUAGAAUUAAUGCAGGACUCGUUUUAAAACAUGAAAUUUUAUAUUUAUAUGGUGGUAUGUUUGAAGAUGGUGAUCGACAAUAUACGCUAAAUGAUUUUUACAGUUUGGACACUCGAAAACUGGAUGAGUGGAAAACUAUAAUCAAGGAUGAUCUAUCGUCUCAAGUCUGGCUGGAAUCAGACAGUUCCGACUCAGGAAGUGAUGACGACGAUGAUGACGAUGAUAAAUCUAGUGACGAAGAGGACGGUAUGGAGGUAGACGAUAAGUAAUUACAAUUUUAUUCGACUUCAUGAAAUUCUACAACUUUUAAGCUUCAUACUGGCGUUAUAACAUCCUUUUCCAUUUGUCAAAUUCAAGCUGUAAAGAACUGAUCUAAAAAUUAAAGAUUGAAUAAAAUUAUAUUAUAGAUAUACUAAAAC